UAAUCAUUACAGAUUGUUUAGAAUGUUAGCAAAAAAUUCAAUAUUAUUAUGUGAUGAUAGUUUUAUUUAGAAAGUAUCUUAAAUGGAAUCUACAUUGGAUGUUGUGAAGUUCAAAAAAGAAUCUGAUAACACAUCAAACAUUGAUGAUGCUUUGAAUAUUAAAAUUGCUAUGAAUGAAAAGAAAAUUUCCAAAGAUGUACGAGAAACUGAUUCUGAUGUUUUAUUCGUGCAUGGAAGAUCAUCUAGCCUACCAAGUGCUCGUUCCUUUUCUCCGAGAUCUGAGGUUGACAGAAAAGGAUAUUCUCUUGAUUCAGGACAUCCAAUAAGUUUAGGUCAGCCGUUACAUCCAAGACACAAGACUGAAUCAAUGAAAUAUGGAUGGUGGUGCCUUACUCCGUAUUGCCUCCAACAUCUGCUCAAUAAUGCCAAAGCUUUUGUUUUUCUUGUUACUCUCGCCAAUGUUUUUCAGGGUGUUAUUGUCAAUGGUUUGUUAAAGGUAAAUGUCACUACAAUCGAACGUCGAUACCGUUUACUCAGUUCUGAAUCUGGUUUCAUCAUCAGCAGUUAUGAUAUUGCUGGUUGUCUCUGUCUGUUGCCAAUGAGCUAUAUAGGUGGUCGUGGUCACAAACCGAGAUGGAUAAGCAUCGGCGUUUUGAUGUUGGGACUUGGAUCUCUUAUUCUUGCAUUGCCACGAUUUUUGAUUGGACCUUAUCAAUAUGAGGGAUCAGUGUAUUCGAAGAUUUCGAAAGAUGAAACGAACGGAUUAUGUCAACAACGCUUGGAUGGAAAUGUUCCCAAUGAUAGCAACAAUGAUGUUAUGGAUGAUCUUUGUGACGGUUCUCAUUUGAAUGAUGUUUAUCUUAAACAAAUGAAGUAUGUUUUCAUGUUGGGACAGUUUUUCAAUGGCAUCGGAAACACUCCACUUGGUGUUCUGGCCGUGACGUUCAUUGAUGAAAAUGUUGACAAAAGGGUUUACCCAAUUUAUAUUGGUAUUUAUUACAUGGGAGCUCUUCUUGGACCAGCUUUCGGAUUUGUUCUAGGAGGUCAGCUACUGACAUCGUUCACAAAUCUAGGAGAAAUGCCAGAAGAUAUUUCACUAGAAAGUCCUAAAUGGAUUGGAGCCUGGUGGGUGGGAUUCAUCAUCGCUGGCAUUGCCACAGUGCUCUUGUCUAUCCCACUGUUCGGUUAUCCAAGGAUAUUAUCCAGCCAUCCUAGAAGAAGAAAAGUUAGACAUGGUUGCUGCUACACUGCAUGGUGGAGAAAUUGCUCAAUUGAUCAGACUGGCAGUGAAACUACUGAUGAAGAUGAUGAACACCAUGGAAAAUAUUAUUCCAAAAACAAUCCUGAAACAUCAUUCAAUUUGCCUAUUGAUGAAGCAGAAUGUCAACCAAUGGUAAUGCAACAACAAGAACAUGUAAACACACAUAACGAAUCAAAUGAUCCGAUUUUACGUACUUCUACUACUGCUGUUAUUCAAAAUUUUUUCAGGGACAUCGUCUCAGUUGUAUCAAACCGAGCAUUCAUAUUCUUGAGUCUAUCUGCUGCUAUAUUCAGUACUUUAGUUUCUGGCUUUUCAACAUUCGGACCGAAAUUUAUUGAAUCGCAACUUGGAAAAUCUACAUCAGAUGCCGCUAAUUUAUUUGGCUACAUCUGUAUUCCUGCUGGUGCUGGAGGCAUGCUCAUUGGAGCAUUUCUUAUGACAGGGCUCAAAAUGAACCACAAAAGCGCCUUACAAAUGUGUAUUGCUGUCAGCCUUGUUAGUCUGCUUGCUCAAUUUGUUCUUGUACUGAGCUGCGAAGAUCUGGAUAUUGCAGGAAUUACUCUGCCUUAUACUAACCAUUUUAAUACAGGGAUAUCGGACAUUGAAGAGAAUCUCUUAAACAUGACAUCUUUGUGUAACACGGACUGUGCAUGUGAUCUGAACCCUCAUUUCAAUCCUGUAUGUGGAGGAAACAACAUCACAUAUUUCUCUCCAUGUCAUGCUGGCUGUUCUGCUGUUAAUCUAAAUGGAGAAAAGGUUUUCAGGAAUUGUGCCUGCAUUGCUGAGGCUGAUCUCAACUUUGUUCAACCAGGAAAAUGUUCAGUAACCUGUCAAUGGCAGAAUCUGAUUUUAUUUAGUUUGUUUGUUGUGAUAUUGACAACGUUUGUUUGUACUGUACCAGGUGUAGAUUUAUCACUAAGGUGUUUUCCUUAUCGUCAACGUUCUCUAGCAGUUGGAAUUCAAUGGAUUUUGAUUAGAACCCUCGGUAUGAUUCCGGGGCCAAUUAUAUUUGGAGCAAUGAUUGAUGGUACCUGCUUGUUAUGGGAAGAAGCAACAUGUAACUCUGACAAAGGAUCUUGUCUUAUGUAUAAAAACAGCGAACUAUCGUUAAGUUUUCUUGUUCUUUCAGUCUUUUAUAAGGCUGCUGGUAUCAUUACAUUGUGUCUAGCAUUGUUUUACAUCGAAAGAUAUACACCGGCCUCUUCUACUCACUCCAUGCAAAACACAAACAAAAGAAUUAUCGAGUUGCCAAUGGCGACAACAAGUUCCAACCACCAGUCUACAAGUGGUCUGAACACCAAUGCAACCACUACUUCAUAAUCUUUCACUUCACAUCUUCAGUGUUCAAUUUUAAUAACUGCUUGCCUUCAUUCACCAUCGUGUCUAUUAUAUUAAUGAUAUAGUACGUUACGAGUUGUCAGUAUGUAUAAAUUUCGUUCCCAAACUUUACCACUGAUUUUAAAUGAAAUCUAAUUACUGGAAGUAUCUUUUUUAUUCAUUUUAAAAUAAUACUGCACAUAUAUAUUGCACUGUCUGAUCUCUCUAGAACUUAACAUUAAAUAUUGCCUUUAAGUACAUGAAGUUUUUAUACUAAUCUCCAUUGGUGUUUUCAAUUGUUAAUCGUUACUAUUACUCUGGUGCAUCAAUAUAUUUCUUCGUUACUACUAGCUUAUAAAUUUUGUGACCACACCAAUCUUGGGAGGAACUGAUUUUCAACAUUUAUUGUUUUCUGCGACCAACCCAAGUUUAAUAGUCACCUCAAGUAAAAAAAAAUUUGCGAAAAACAUAUUGUGUGGCCAAGCGGUUAUUCUCUGGAGUAUUUGUUUUUAAAUGGGUAGCAAACAUUGCUACAUGUAAUUUUUUACCAAUAUUUUAUUUUUAAACUGGUUUUCAUUUUUCUUUUCAUUCCUUUAUUCCAACAUCAUUGCGGGUUACACAAUGUUAAUGCAAAACUAAUUUUCAAUUUAAAUUCACAAAACUUAAUUUAGUAUUCAUGAGAAAAUAAAUAAGUUUUGUUUACACCAGUUGUUAAUACUAUUUGAUACAAAAGUCCAGCUGCAUACUAACACAAAUGUAUUACUGUAACGUUUCACAUGACUGGGGUCAUACUUCCUCAGACAAGCAUUUUUCAAGUAGCGGUAUGUCUGAAGUCCGACCCCGGUCUUGCGAAACGUUACAGAAAUACAUUUGUGUUAGUAUGCAGCAAGACUCUUGAAUAAAAUAGUAUAGUCAUCUUUAUUCUCGGCACAGCGCAAGGUAUAAUUACUUUGCCUGGCAUGCCGCAAGGCUGCUCACAUUUAUGAUCUUAUAUUCAAUUUUCAUCAUUCCACCUUAUAUUGUUUUUCAUUUGUGAAUGUUAAGUGUUGUUUUCAUAUAGGCAGGACUGAAUGCUUAAUUAGCCAAACCAAUAUACCAAUCUAUCUUGAAAGCUGGUCUUUCGAUUUGGAUUCUGCAACUAUGAUUUGCUUUAAUCAUUGUCAAUUAUAAGUCUACUUCUAGUUUGCCAUAUAGAAGCUUACGAAUUUUCCAACUUUCGCUUGGACCUAACUCACACACAGUCAAUGAAGAUUAAAGAAGGCUGUCAAUACUCUUAUUAUAGCGUGAAAAUAAGGUGUUAAGUAGAACUUAUCUCGACCUUUCAUUUGAAUCUAAACUAUUUUUUAAUGUUAAAGAAAUUUAUUCUUAAGUUCCAUUUGUACUCUGUCUUUUAUUUUGUGCUGAAGUAUUCAGUUUUAUUAUAAGAAGUAUUUUGUGUUUUUGGAUGGAUAGUUGCAAUAUUUAGCCCCAAAUGUAUUUUCUCCCUGUGACGUUAAUUUGGUUGGCACGUGCGAUAGGCAAAGUUUAAAUGGAGUGUGCCAAUAAGUAUAAUUUUUCAAACAGUCAAAAAAAAUUCACAAAUAUGCUGAUUAAUAAUUAUAUACUACCUGAUUGGUGCACUUUCAUUUUGUCCUAUUCUUUUUUUUUCAAACCCUUAGGCGCAUUUAGCAGGCUGGCCUGUGUUAAUGUCUUUUAUAAUUCGGAAAACCUGUUGAAAACUCAUGUAUAAAAUAGCUGAACACUUGAGUGUAAAUUUCUGCUUCAUCUGCAUUUCAUCAUUUUUUUUUUUCAGUGGUUUGUAUGUUUCUUGUCAUUCAUAGUAAGAGUCAAAUAUAUCAUAUGUGUAAAAAAGUAUCAAAUUCAUUGUUCGUUAUUUUUUUUCUAUUAAAGUUUGCUCGCUCACUCAA